CCCCAAACCUCAGCCGUAACAGCCUUACCCCCCCCCCCCCCCCCCCCCGGGCCCGCUCCACCCCGCCCCACGGCCUCCCUCCCCACCUCCAGGCUGCAGCGAGAGGGGCGACCCCCGAAAGUUGCGCGGAGGCGAGAGCGAUGAGGCAAGAGAGAAGUUUUUAAAAACAGAAAAAUGUGAUUGCGUGAACAAUACUGUUGGCAGGAGGACUCGGUGGAUUCAGAUAUAACUGUAGGUGCUGCUUAUAUGAAAGUGCUGAGCCACACCAUCCAGUAAGCUGUCUAGAGCAGCAGUUGGCUUGCUUGGAAAUCGCGUCCAGGACUGUCUUGUAAGUUGCUAUCGACUGAGUUGCCAGAACAUUGCCGUACAAAACUUUGGAGGGCCACUUCUUAAUGGAUUGCUGCAGCCUCAUAAUUCCUCCAUUGAUCCUGUUCCCUGCGUCGUGAGAACAUUUUAGCCAGCACAGAACCUAGAAAAGUUACAUGGUGUGAACGGCAUGUCUGUGGAUGAGAAGACUGACUCCCCCAUGUAUGUGUAUGAGUCAACAGUGCACUGUACCAAUAUUCUCCUCUGCUUAAAUGACCAGCGGAAGCAGGACAUUCUCUGUGACGUGACGCUGAUCGUGGAGGGGAAGGAGUUCCGCGCCCACCGGGCUGUGCUGGCUGCCUGCAGCGAGUACUUCUUGCAGGCCUUGGUAGGGCAGACGGAAAAUGACCUGGUGGUCAGCCUGCCGGAAGAGGUCACUGUCAGGGGAUUUGGUCCAUUGUUACAGUUUGCCUACACUGCUAAGCUGUUACUCAGCAGGGAAAACAUCCAGGAGGUCAUCCACUGCGCGGAAUUCCUGCGCAUGCACAACCUGGAGGACUCCUGCUUCAGCUUCCUUCAGACGCAACUGCUGAACAAUGAAGAUGGCCUGUUCCUGUGCAAAAAAGAUACCACCUGUCAGCGCAUGCACGAUGAGGAGAACUCGGACGGAGACGAGGAGGAGACGAUGGAAUCGGAGACGUCAAAAAUAUCUUGCCCAAGAGAGAGGAUGCACCAAGAGCCCUUCAAUUUUGAAACCACUGUUGCUGGAGCAGACAAAGGCGAGGGGAUGCUGCCUGACUCUGACAUGCUGAGAGAUAGCAAGGACAAUUUGGACAAAGAUGCAGUAACACGGUACCCUAGAUACAAGAAAUACCAGCUUGCUUGUACCAAGAAUGUCUACAACACAUCACACAUCAGUACCUCAGGUUUUGCAAGCACAUUCAGCGAAGAGAGCUCUGGAAAUGGCCUCAAAUCAGGACUUGCUAUGGGGCAGAUAAAAAGCGAGCCUCAGAAUGAAGAGAACGAUGAAGAAAGCAUCACACUUUGCCUGUCUGGAGAUGAACCUGACAUCAGGGAUAAAGAAGGGGAUGUUGAAAUGGACAGGAAGCAGCCAAGCCCCACUUGCGUCGACAGGCCAAAAAGUGGGUCCUCUCCCUCUUGCUUGCGGUCUUUCUUCAACAGGACAAAAAGCAUAGAUUUGGUUGGCUUCCCCAGCACUUCCCAACAGCACUUUGGCAGGAGUCCAGCAUGCCCUUUUGAAAAAGGGACAACUCAGGGUGACCACAAAACUGAUUACAUCCCUUUCACGGGGAACUAUGGACAGUCCCAUGCCAUGCAGAAGGAUGCUUCCAACUUCACAGUGGGAUCACCGCUCAGGGGGCCCGGCUUUGAAACUCUCUGUAAGCAAGAAGGGGAACUGGACAGGAGGAGUGUUAUAUUCUCUUCAAACGCUUGUGACCAAGUAAGCACUUCGGUGCAUUCAUAUUCUGGUGUGAGCAGCUUGGACAAAGACCUCACUGAGACUGUGCCAAAGGGUCUGUGGGCUGGCGGUAGCCAGUCUCUCCCCAGCUCUCAGACCUAUUCGCACAGCGGACUGACAGCUGAUCACUUGCCGGGAAGGAUGCGGCCGAACACCAGCUGUCCGGUGCCAAUUAAAGUUUGCCCUCGCUCUCCUCCUUUGGAAACCAGAACCAGGACCUCCAGCUCAUGCUCUUCCUACUCGUACGCAGAGGACGGCAGCGGCGGCUCUCCCUGCAGUCUGCGUCUUUGCGAGCUCUCCUCUUCCCCUUGCUCCCAAGGCCCCCGAUUCCUGGCACCCGAGCACCAGGAGCCCGGUGUGGUGGGGGAUGGAUUGUACAACCCAGUCCGAGCGCAGAUUAAAUGUGAGCCAUCCUAUGGAACAAACUCCAGCGAUGAGUCUGGGUCAUUCUCAGAAGCAGACAGUGAAUCAUGUCCUGUGCAAGAGAGAGGGCAUGAGGUGAAACUUCCUUUUCCUGUUGAUCAAAUCACAGAUCUUCCAAGGAAUGAUUUCCAGAUGAUGAUAAAGAUGCACAAGCUAACCUCAGAGCAGCUCGAGUUCAUCCACGACGUUCGCCGGCGCAGCAAGAACCGAAUUGCAGCUCAGCGCUGCCGCAAGAGGAAACUGGACUGUAUUCAGAACCUAGAAUGUGAAAUCCGCAAGUUGGUGUGUGAGAAAGAGAAAUUGCUCUCAGAAAGGAACCAGCUGAAAGCAAGCAUGGGAGAAUUGUUAGACAACUUCUCGUGUCUUUCCCAAGAAGUGUGUAGAGACAUGCAGAGCCCGGAACAGAUCCAAGCUCUCCACCGAUACUGCCCCGUUCUCAGACCCAUGGAUCUACAGCCAGCCACCACCAUCAGCCCCUCCCCAGCUGGCGUGGAGCAGAGCCUGGUGACCUCCCAGUGCGUCGGGGAAAGCAUGCAGUGCUGCUCGGAGCAAGGCUCGGUGCAACUGGGAGCGCCCUGGCUGCCCAACAACAUCUCGGAAAAUUGUUCGGCUGCCGGGGGGUUGGAUGGAGCCGACACAGGUACUUACCCCGAGAGAGAGCUUCCACCGGAGCAGAGCAGCCAAACGGUCACGGUAGACUUCUGUCAGGAAAUGACUGAUAAAUGUACAACAGAUGAGCAACCUAGGAAAGAUUACACCUAGUGACUUGUAACCUUAACGUUACACCUGGUCAGGUGUUCUUCAGUCAGCCAGUGGCAAUGUUCAUUUGUUGUCUAGAAGAACGUAUUUGGUGCACACUACAGUGGUCUUAGCAGCAAUACUGUUUUUAAGUAUUCCCUCCUCUCUACAAGCAGGAGUUCUCUUCACAAUGGUGCUAUCCCUUGCUCAGGCAGGGAACGAAGCAGUGGCAACACUGUCUGUUUUUGUAUGUUGAUUUCAAUCUUAACAGGGAUGGACAUAACACCUCUGAGGACCCAACCGCAGCUUUUUUCUCAGUGGCCCAUGUCACAAAACCCUAACUCAGGAAUUUCCUCUGAAUGUUCAAUUUUUCAUUGAAGACAGCUUCUUUACACAUCAAAGUUUUAUAGCUAAACUGUACAUAUUAUAUAUAAUAUAUAUAAAAUAUAUAUAUCCAUAUGCAAAAGUCCCUGCAUGCCUCAAUUUUUCUCAUCCUACAAACUGGAAGCUUUCAUUUCUAUUGUACAAACAAGUUCCAACAUUCCUUUUUGUCUUCGAUGCUAGAACUAGUUUGGUAACUUGUUACACGAUAGUUUUUUUUUUCUCGGUUCGCAGUUCAGCAAUAUCAUUCGAUUUGUACUUAUUUAUGAAAUUUUAAUGUUGGAAACUUAUUUGAGAUUUUAUUAUAGACGAUUUUCUUGGCACAGCCAUUUCGUGCCACUUGAGCAAUGUGGAGUUAUUUUAUUUUCUUGCAGAUACUGUACAGUAAUGGUCAACUUUGCCACUUGCACUGAGUUUCUGGUCAAACCUCUUUUCAUAAAUGAAGUCGUGACUUCAGUAUAACUUGAGUAUAUGGUUUUCUUUGCUUUAUGGCUCAAAGAAAAUAGAAAAGUUUUAGCUAAAAGACAAACACUCAGGAGCUCAUUAUGUAGUAAAAACGGUCUUGCCAAAUACUGAAUUCACUAUACAAUUUGUAAAGAGAAUCUGCUUGAAUUAUUUUUAUAUUCAGACUUCUUUCUGUUUCACAAACCAAGUUUAAGUGCUGUUAAUGAUGCUUUUGGAUUCUUAUAGGGGAAAGUAUGUUUCACUCUUUAGAGAAAAAAGUAUUUGACAACUGGAUCAUCAUACGUUCCCCGAAGUAAAGCAAACGGAGAUCACAUCAAUACACUUGGCGGGGAGCGGGGGGAGCGCUUUUGUCUCCGGCCCCGCUCCGCGUCCUUUACUCAUGGAAGCAACUGCUGCUCCGGCUAGUCCCCAGAGCCUCACCUCAGCUGUCCUCAGACGUUACCCGUUUUCCUCACCAGACCCGAGUUGCAGAGGUGGGUCUGGUGAAGCCGGCGAUCCUGCCGGCCUAGGCCGAGUUGCGGGAUCAGACCCCUAGUUGUUGGCUUUGGUUUCCUUACAGAAGCCGAGUUAGCACUGUAUCCUCUAAGAGCAUAACAUACAUCUGCCAACACCCGAUUCGGUCGCACACCCAUCAAAUUCUUGUGUUUCCAGGAUCCUCUCGUCCUGCAGCAUUGCCCUCAGCACAAACCGCAGCUAGAAGAGCGCUGUCUCGAAGGAGACUACUCAGUGAAUUGGCUUAGUUGUAACUGUAUUGGAUUUGUACCUUAAGCGAUGUUGACUCAUGUUAUGACCGUGCGAGACAGCAGCUUUCCAAGCAUAACAUCUGUAUGUACAGUGUAGACAGAAAAACAUCCUCCUAAUGCUUUUUUUAAUAAUUAUUAUUAUUAUUCUAAGUGUACUGAGUUUUUAUUUUGUGGUUCUUUGCCCUACCUGUGCCAGGUUGCGUGGCUUUAUCGACGACAACUGUCAUGUGCUUUACUGGCUGAUAUUGUUUGUUCUCGCUGCAAAAAAUGACCAGCUGUUCACACCUAUUUUAAAAAAAAGUGUGGGGAAGCAGCUUCUCAGAAGCACUAAGCGAUAAUGUGGUCUUCUGCGCUAACGUUUACACUAGAGGUGUGCGCUGGUGUUUUUUUUGAGGCACUCAGUAGAUCAGCAUCUUGACCCUGGAGGAGGAAUCAGCUCCCUCUCUCCGCUUCUUCCAUCUUCAGACUGUGCUCAUGGACCGUCGCCCACUCGCCACAAAGUCUUGCUUUUAUCCUCUUCACCCAAACUAUUGUAGCCAAGCUACCGAGGAGGAAAUGCAUAUAGCAUGUGCCAUGUUUGUUGAAAAUACGUUUUUUCCCCGCAUGUACAAAGAGAAACUAGUAUAUAAUGUAGGAGAAUAUUUAUGUUUAAGUAUUAAUCAUUACUGUACAAAAUCCUUACCUUUAAAUGUUCAAAAAUAUACAAAUGCCAUAAACUCCUAGUUCACACGGUUGAAAAAGGGGGAGGAGUUGUCCUUUCUUUUAAAAAAGAGCUUAACCUAAAAAUAUCUGCCCCCCCUCCCAGCCAUGUUUUGCAGGUAACUGACUGAGAAGCUCUUUGGCAGGGGGGGUGGGGGGGGAUUUGAUUUUCCUUUUUGAAUUCGUUGACGUUGCAAAGCAGUUCCGUGCUUCGCAGAGAAGUUUUGUUUCUAUGAGACCAUGGUGAAAGCUAGAAUUUAAAACUAAAUGUGAAUCACAUUAUAGAGUCAUAGCUACUUGGGGGGGGGGCGCUGGGGGUGGGCGGGCGGGAAGGGUCGACUGACACAGUAUUUUAAAGAUGUUUUUUCUGUUGCCUUUUUUUAUUUUUAAGUGACCUCCUAUAUAUAUGAAUAGAUAGAAUGUUUUAUGAGUAUAAAACCAAGUUUUAACUUGCUUCCUGACAUGAAGAUUUACUCUACUAACAACUCAUGUGCAACUGGUACUCUUGACCUCAUUCCAACGGUUUUAAAAAACCCACCCACGCAAACCCAUUGCGCUGCAGCUCUUAGGUUUGACCUGGCUUCAUACUGGUGCUGGGUCUCUUGAUUUCCUCUACCUUGGGAACUGGUAUUUAAAACCACUGCUCAAAUAAGUGUCUCUUCCUCAACCUUUCUCUCCUCUCUCUCUCUCUUUCUCUCCCCCGUGAGCUUUUCUGGAUGUUUGAUUUCAUUCUUUCCCAUUAGAAGUGGCUGAUUUUGUGUCAUUGCUUCCUAUAUUUACAUGUAUCAUGGUUUUUCAGUGGGGUUUUUUUGGUGGUGGUGGUUGUUUUUUGUUUCUAUUUUGUUGUGAGGUUUUUUUUGCUCUUCCGAACCACGCGGCUCUCAAAGCGGUUACUGGGCUAACGUUAAAGGAAGCCAUUGGGAGAACUAGUUUCAGAUCUGGACACCAGUUGACUUACCCAACCGUUCUUGUCUCGUGAGGUCAAAACAACCGAUCACGAGAAUACCAUUGGAAAUUUAGAAAAAAAAAAACACAA